AUGCGGGUGAUAUUCAGCGGCGUGGUCGCAAUCUUGGUGAUGAUAAGCAUGAUCGACCAAUGUCUGGGCCAAGGUUAUAAUCGGAACUAUCGCAGUCAACAGACGGUGAAUCGUCAUAGUAUGAAUUAUCAAAAUGCUCCAGGAUUUGUGCCAGGUGGUGGUGGAGGAGGAGGAGGUGUGGGCAUGGCUGCCGGUGGUGCCAAUAUUGUUGGUGGCUUGUCCCACUUGCAGAGUGCUACAGAACGCCGUUACACAGGUGGAGAAAUGCUCAAAUUUAUGAAUUUGGAACAAGACCCUUGUGCGGAUUUUUAUGAUUAUGCCUGUGGUAAUUGGUUGCAGGUGCAAAAUAUGACAGAUGUCCAAGAGGGCGAAUUGAUUACACUGCCCAGUCUUUUGGAACGGAAAGUGGUACACCAACUGCAAAGGCGCUUGGAUAACCCCGCGGUAAAUCCUCACCCAGUGGUGAAUAAAUUUUAUAGAACCUGUCUUUCGACCAAUUGGAAUGAGGAAAAAUUAUUUAUAAAACGAUUUGUGGCCAAUUACGGUGGACUGCCGGACAUAAAGGAUACAUGGCGGGAACGUUCCUACCAGUGGAUUGAAAUUUUGGCACGUUUGAAAUUGGAUUAUAAUUUGGAUAUCUUGAUUGCAUUUUCCACGGCCCCCAACACAGGACGUCCCGUGGUGAGGGAACCUUCAAGCACCAUAAUGCCAGCGGAAUUGUGUAACGCUGAGGCCUCACCACAAAUUGAUGAAGAGGAUGACAUAUUCGAAACAAUACAAAUGGAAAUCAAAGAGAAAUUACAAUUGUGGUUUAAUUUUGCGGAGGCUGAUGCCACCCGCCUGGCUGGAGAUAUUCAACGCUUCGAAUUUGAUUUGUGUAAAUUCAUGAGGAAAGAUGAUAUACUCGAAGUGAAUAAUGGCAAUGGCGAGGAGGUAGAAGAAGUUGAGACUGAUGUUCGAGUGCCAUUGGAAAAUCCCACAAAUUAUGGUGCCAAUAAAACACCCCGCAGGCUGGGACGCUCACCUCAGGCCCAUCACUUUCGAAGAAAUCAAAAACUAAUGGAACUGGAAAGUAAUCAGAAAUUAAUAAAUUUUGUUCAGCUGUGUAUGGGCCAGCCACAGGGCCAGGGUCGCACCGAUUUCGAAAUCCAUAACCCUGAAUAUUUACAAUAUUUGACAAGUAUAAGUGGACGCAAACCUUCAUUUGCCAACUAUAUCAUUUAUCGAGCCCUCUCGGAAAUAACACUACCCCAAAUCGAUCGUAAACCCUAUUGUGUUCGUAAGGUUAUGCAGGUAUUUCCCGAAUAUAUGGGUAAUCUAUAUCAAAUGACAAUUCCAGCUCAAAUGCGGGAAUAUGUUAAACAGGAUGUGGUGAGCAUUUUUCGUGAUAUAAAAGAGGCAAUACCAAGAUCGUUACGUAAAAAUAUUGACACCCUGCAAAUAAGUGAGCCUACGUAUCAGGUUGGCGGUGUAGAACCGAACAGCUAUACAGCAAUUAAAACAAAUGGAAAUUAUUGGGAUAUUUUAAAAUCGAUAACAAUUAGCAAUGCCCUGCAACAGCAGGCUCUCCUCACACCCGGGCCUCAACGGGGACGUCAGGCCCAACAGGCGAUGUUAGCCUCCAACAUUGUUCAAGCUUUUGACACCCACAUGGCCAGUAAUGAGAAAACCUUACAAUUUGGUUGGGGCUUGCUACAGCCACCCUUCUAUUCCUACAAUUAUCCAAAAUCGCUAAAAUAUUCCUCUCUAGGAUAUACGAUAGCUCGGGUUUUGAUCAAACACUACAUUGAUGAGCAAUUUUCACCGGACAAAAGCCAUCAGCCUUUUACAUCAUCCCACUUCGAUGACCUCCUCAGCCAACAACGGGAAUGUUUCCGAUCCCAAGUGAGCAGUUAUUUCUUCAAUACCCCCGAAGUAUUUCGUAAUGCCAGUCAAUUGAAAGAUUUUAUGGCAGAUUCUACUGCGCUAAGCAUAGCCUUUGUGGCCUAUAAUAAUUGGCUCGAUAAACAAGAUGUCGGUAAUGCCGAUCUGAAAUUUGAAACCUUACCGAAAAUGAAUUUCAGCAACACCCAAUUGUUUUUUGUGAAUUUUGCUCAAAUGCGUUGUGCAGAUCGAUAUUCGAAGGAACCCGCCGCUGAGCCAUCACAGUGUUGUCCGCUGGAUUUACACACUCCAGAACGGCUGAAUAUCAAUGGUCCGCUCAGUAAUGAUGAAGAAUUUGGUUUGGAUUUUAAUUGCCCAAUUGGUGCCGAUAUGAAUCUGGCGGAUAAAUGUUCGAUUUUGGAAAGCGAUUUCCGUAGGAAUUUUUAG